GCUGUGUAGGCAACACAAUCGCAAUAGCCACACACGAACAUGCUGUCUCGACGAGCGGUUACGCUUGCGUCUCCGCUAGCACGGGGCUUCGCUGCUAAGCCCACGAUCCAAGUGCCCGUAGACAAAUCCAAGGUACAUGAGACGCCGAUCGUACAGAAUUGCGGCGGAGAUCUGAUGCGCUGGAUGGGGCCCGGUAGCCGCUUCCAGAUGUACUGCGCAUUGCUACUGUCAGGCAGCCUCGUGUACCAGGCAGACGCCAGCGCUAAUAUGCUGGAGGUUUUGGCUACAAGUGGAGCCAUUUGUAGUGCAUCGGCCACUGCGUUCUUCGGCGCCAAGAGAAUGUGUGACAAAGUGGUGACGGACAUCGUGACGUGUCGAAAAGUAGGCGAUCCUAACGAGUUCGUGCGCGUUUCGGUCUUGGGUGUCGGACAGAAGGAAGUGCUGGAAGCCUCACCGAAAGACUUUAAGCUACUAGGCCAUGACGGGCAGGACGCCUAUAGUUUUGCCUUGGGUAGCCGAAAAUUGCAACUAGACACGUCGACGGGCGAGUGUGUCAAUCGUAAGGGGCUGGAUAUGCUGAUGCAGGGCAGACCGCUUGUUACCAGGAAAGUCAAGCAGGGCAAGAAGGGAUCGCGUAAAUAGACUGGAUGGAUAUGACGGUGUUUUUGUUUCGGCAUUCAAGUGACACGAACUCAGUUGACAGCAUGCUCUCGAUACGGAAGUUGAUUUAGAGAAGUGCUGUAUCCAUUGUCAUACCAAUAGAUCAGGAGAUAAGUGUACACCCAUGAGAUCUACUACCAAUGUCGUCCCCUCCCACGUACUUUUCUU